CUUAGCCGCGUUUUUUGAAUGUUGCGCGUGGUCACCUGGCAUUUCCCACAUAUCAGGCUUUCUUAUCGAGUAUUAAAUUAAGAUGUCGCUAACAGAUCAGCUGAGAGCGCUAGCGAUCCCCAUUACAUCUAGUUAUGUAGUUGAUAAUGUCCACCGGAAGUCCUUAAUUUACGACAAUGCUUCAAAGGUUGACACUCAGUCCUGCUACUCCAACAGUUUGACAUCGUUCAAAAAACUAUGCGAAAUGGAGAAUGCGUUUAAUUCAUUUAACAAGACACUAUUUUCUGUCACUUCGUGCCAUAUAGAAAUGUGUAAUCUUUUACCUCAGGAAAAGGAAAAGCUUGAUAGUGAAAUCUCCAAGUUUCUAUGUUAUAUUUCAUCUUUUCUUAAACAUUACGUUGCUGUUCAGGCUCUAGAAUGGCUUGUAUACAAGUUUCAGAUUCAUUUGCAUAAUGUGGAAGACUUCAUCCGUUGUGUCAUUCCAUAUCAUGAAACUGGUCUAUUCGUCAAGUUUAUUCAGAUUUUGAAUUUCAAACAGUUACCCGCUAGUUUUCAGUGGUUAAAGCCAUAUGCUGAAAGUGGCAAAAGUAUAUCGCGACAGGAAUUUACUCGUCUAUGUUUUCGGGAGCAUACAAUCGUCCCGUUUAUUUGUACAACAAUUCUUAGUUAUGUUGAAUGCUGUCAAAACUUGGUACCAACAAGGCUAAACGAUAUGACGAAUUUUUUCCUGGCAGUCGUAACCGCGUUGUGUGACUCAAAUGCACCUGACAAAAAACUAAUUAACGUGUUAGAUUCUUUCCAAGAUGUUAUCAGACAAGGACUGUUAUCUGCAAAUAUUCCUUUUCAAUGUGCUACAUUCUUGGUUGUAAUACGCUUCAGUUUGAAACUGGUAAUUAAUAAAGAAUUGGUUCUCGAUUGGAUAUACUGUAUAUUGAAAAAAACCCGACCUUCUUGUGAAUGGGAGUCAAUGCGCAUUGUUAUGCAACUGAUGAGAAAUCAGCAUAUCCCCUUGCUACCUCCUAAACUUGCAGCCCGACAGAAUAUACUACUGUCCAAACUGUCUCUGGAAGAAAAGCGCAUAAUCGAAGAGGAGCAAUCAGCACUGGUUAAUGAAUGCGAGGACCCCAAUAAAUUGGCCGCAGAAUGUGCUCAGAAGUUUGAUUAUGUUCGGAAGGCAACUCAAUUAAUUGAUGUUGAUAUGAAGAGUGAAAAAUUGGAAACCAAGGAAGAAAGUGUUUCAGAUGACAUUUCUUCAAAGGAUGAGGUGAAAUUAAAAAUUGAUAUACUCCACUCGUUCCUCUCUAGUAUCCCAAAUGUAGGUUGUUGUGUAAUGAAUUGUGAAUCUUCUUGCCCUGUUGAACCCUUACCGAAAACUGAUCAUUGGCUCUCUGAUGUCUUACUUGAUAUAUUUUCCUCUGAAGCUGUCACUAAUCAUGAUUGUGGACAAGAUAAAUUGCAUUAUUCCAAAGCAGAAAUACGACAUUUUAUUAAAAUGCUUCGAUUGGCUAAAUCUGCAAUAAAGAUUCAUCUAGAAUCAAACAAAAGUCUACACGAAGGAGUAGAUGCAAAACAUAAGAGUUCUCGUAAAUCAAUGACAUCAUCAUUACUUGAUUUAUUACACAACGGCAUCGAUAAAGCUUUACCACUUUUAGUUGCCUCAUUAUCUCACUCGGCUGCAACUGUUCGUGUGGCAGCAUUUGAUAUCCUACGACUGUUGUUUCAAGAGAAUCCAUCAAAGAGUAUUACUAGCGGAUCAAAUUUUUCUACCUUCUGUACUGCUGUUAAUUUAACGUCAAAUUUUGCUGUUCAGAUAGAUGAAUUGUUCUCUGAUGAAGUUAGAGAACUACUUCUAGGUGAUCCACUGCAUUUGUUGGACAAAGCAGCUUCCCUUUUGAUCAAAGGUGUUGUUCGUCUGUUAUUUAGUCAACCACUAAAACUGGAUAAUUCUGACGUUGAAUCGGAGGAUAAGUUUUCUACUAUUUGUUGGAUGUUUGGCCUCCGCUUACUGAGUGAAGAAACCAUUGGUGAAAUUCUACUCAUCCCAUGUAGUCAGUCAGAAGAUUUUGUCAACGGAUGGUCUGGUCUUUUAAGCGUGAUACGUCGUUCACAUAAAUCGCUUCAUGAGUUGCACCAUAUGUGUUUAGCACGUUUGAAUAGUGGAUUAUUUAUGUCUCUGGAGCACUUUACUGUUAAAAAUGAUCUAGGUAAUCAAAAAACAUCAGUUCUUCGAAGAACGUCCUGUUAUAUCCAGGGUAAGAACACACCAGGCAUGGAUACUUGCAAUGGAGCUCAGUUUAAAAUACUUGAUGCAUUGUAUGAUCUUGGUCAUAGUGAACAUGCUGAUUUCGAUUCUGUCCAGAAGGUAUUCUCUCGUCUAAAUUUGAAUGCAGGGCAUUUUGAUUACAUGUUCAUCAAAUCAGACCCAUCAAGAACAGUUCAUGGUGAUGAUAGAUCACUAUUUGCUCGAGUUACUGAAGCGCGGGAAUCUCGUCGACGUAGUUUACGACUGCGUAAAUUAAAACAACCUGAUCUGAAUAAUGAAUCACUUUCUGAAAAGAUUCGUCUACGUUUCCUUAGUAUGCUACUAUCUAUUCUUACGGAAGCUGUACCUCGAUUACAAUCGUGUGAAAUUGCCGCUCUAGUCCAAAGCAAAUCGAAAUCCGGUGAUUUGAACACAUCGAUAACAACAUUAGAGACAAGAUCACCAGGCGUUGAUGGAAAGAAAUCAAAAGAUCAACAUUUACCGAUGAAUGAUUUAAUUACUCCACUAGUCAAUCAUUUGACAAGCUUGUUAAAUAUGGAGCAACAUAUCAAACAGUCAGCAUCUAGUGCUAAUCAAACAAACCUUAUUGAAGGGUCAGAUACAGAUAGUGAUUUAGAAUCCCUUCCUGGUAGUAUUUCUGACAUUCAUUUGGAUCAAGAGUCAGUUGACAUAUCACCUGGUGGUAGUGAUGAAGACACUUGUAUUCGACCUCUUUUACGUCAGUGUGUUUACAAACUCUUGGUAUGCAUUACAGCUAUCCUAGCUGAAGGAAAUCGAAUCAAACCACCUCGUAGAAAACGUUCUUAUUGGAAGACAUCAACUGAUCAUAUGGGUUUACUUUAUGGAUUAGCUGCUGCACAAGUUGCUGUUGAUCCAAUAUUCCUUUGUCUCACUAUAUAUCCUGAUUGGCCAGCUUUACAUCAACAAGUUCUACUUUGUUUCAUUGAAUUAUCACUUAUGUUUCCUAGCGCACUAUGUCAGCAUUUAGUGUCUUUAGUGCAAUGGGUAGCGUGCAAUCGUCAACUUAUGCGUUUGGAUAAUGCACAUAAUCUCAGUAUCUUAGGACGUCUUAUAUUGGUAACUGUCCCUGCACUCAUCCGAGCAUCAUCCGAGCAAAUUUCUACUGGUCUUUAUGUUCUCUACCUGUUUGUGAUGAGAUUCUCUGAAUUUUCUAGUAAUUUGAGUCGUCGUCGACUAGCACUGUAUACAGUUCUGGUGCGUGGUUUGUCUCAAGUAACUGGUCCAUUUAUGACAGAUAGUGAAAUCAACCGGGGUGUUUUGCCAAAGUCGUCACUCACAGAUGAAGAAAAAUCCAGCAAAAAGAUGGAUACUUCUGACCGUGCAGUUGAAACAAAGAUCUCAUUACGUCCAAAAGAUAGUUGGCUUGGUAGUUGGUUAUGGGUGUCAUCGUUAAUAUUUUUGAAUAAAAAUUGGCAGACACAAUCAGUUGCUGAUGAAGUUGGACCUUUUCUUAUCGAUUUAUUUUGUCAUUUUGGAUGGGAUCAUCAAGUGGUUGGAUUAUGUGAAUGUAUAGAUUUCCUGAUAUAUUUAUGUACUAAUUCUUGUGAUUAUAAAAUUCAUGAAAUCACUGGAUCAGAAAGUUCCACUGCUUUUUGCAUAGAAAUUGAACAACCUAAAAAACGACGAAAGUUAAGCGCAUCCUAUGUGAAUCCGAAUGAGUCGCCAACAAAUAACUCCCAGCUUGUUGUACUUGAGUCUCAGUCAAAUGAGAAUGAUACACAUUCACCAACAUCAUUUAGUCAAUUGGCAUCUUUUAUUUUCAAUUCAGACAAAGUAUACCAGACAAAUGAAACAGUAUCUAAGAUUCUUACUAUGCCAGCUGUUGUUACCUUGAGUGAUAUAUGGUCUUUAGUCAAUCGAACUGUUCAGUUCAUUGCUGUAUUGAUAAAAAAUCCUGAUUAUUGUGCUAAAGUUCAAGAGGCUUUUAAAGAUCCUUCAGGUUUAAGUGCUGUUUAUGGCCGACUAGUUGAACAUAUCGUUCAAUUAAUGCUGAUUGUAGCUACUUUCUCUACAAAAGUUAAAAAGUCUGGGGAAAAAGUAUCAGAGGUUAUUACUUGUUCUGAUGAAGCAUUGUCUGCUCUACAAUCAAUUUUAGUUCAAAUCUUAGACUCUGUACCUGGGCGAGUAUUUAUUUCAAUGGUCUCCAGCUUAUUUGCUUCAGAUAAUCGUGGACUUCGUCGUAAAGCAUUAGAUCUAUUAUCUGCUAAAUUGUCAAACCUUACUGAGCGUAUACAUCCAGUUCCAAUUUUAGUUGACUUCAAUAAAAUGAAUUAUAAAUCUUACUUAAAAUCUCACAAGCAGUUGAUUAACCGAAAUCAUGUUAAUUUGGAUAAUACAUUGGAGACCGGUUUGGUUCAGUUUACUGGCAAACUGACAUCAUUCUAUGGUGUGAAGAGUAAUCAGCUAAAUGAUGGUCAAAUACAGAAGACUACCACUGUCUUUGGUUCGCCAUUCUCUCGUCAGUGCCUGGCAUGUCUGAGAAGUUUAGCCAAAUUGCUAGCUUACCGAUAUCCCGGAGAAUUCAUGCGUGCUUUGGAUAGUUUAAUGUCUAUUCCCGGCAAUUGGUGGAUAUCUGUUGGGCCCACAGAAACUCCAGAAAAUCCCAGCGAUACUGGCCAGACUACAAAUUCACGCAGUCUCCCCUCUGGAUCAUCUUUAGCCGAGUCACGAUCUUUGGCUUGUUUGUUCUUUGUCGAAUGUCUUCAACGUUUACCUCCACAAUCCUUAUAUCCAGAAGCUAGUGCAACUGCAUCCCGUUUGGGCUGGUUACUUUCCUUUGCUUUAGACCAUGCCUGUACAUGUACAUCAUUUAUCCCUUCACCAAAAUUAUCAGCAAAGCGUCAUGGUUUUGUAAACUCUCCACAUAAAUCAGAACAUCAGUGUACAUUAAUCACUGGUUCAAUGCAUUCACGAGAUCAACAUCUAUUGGCAAGUUUAACACUGAUCAGUAAUCUACUAGAAAUAGCUAUUAUUCAUCGGCUAUGCUAUCAAUCGAAAAACAAUCAUACACCAGAUGAUACAGAGUCAGCGAUCGGUAAGUGGUUAGAAUUCGGAAUAGCAACGAAAAAGAAGCCGACACAUUCUCCAGUUGCUGAAUCUGCUGCCAUCACAUUAUUGAGCUUGUUGUUUCAACUUCGAAAAGACAAUUUAUCUGUCCUUACUAACAGUAAUCCAGAACGUUGUGGUCAUAUACUUCGUCAGAUUGCCAAUCUUGUUGACCAUACUCAUCAACUUCUCCGUCACGUAACAGAAAUCAGUUACCUACUUACAACAAUACAACGUGUAAUUGAAAAAGCCUCAAAAGAAAGUAAUAAUAUUAUGUUACAUGGCUCUCUAUCGUUCUUAUCCGAUUUCGGAGAGUCUAUGGCACCUGUUGAAGAAAAUGGAACAUUCACCUCAAAAGAUGAAGGUCAACUUCAUUCAUUUUCAGUAUUGCAUGCAACACAACCAGAUUUAAUAUGGCGUCUUCUUCGUACAUGUUUGCGUUCAGUUGUUCACAGUAUGAUGAAUACAGUCAACUUUGAGAAUACUUCAGAACUAGAGAAUAAUGAUAUGCUAAUAUGUCUUUAUCGAUCUGUCGCUAGUCUUAUCAGUUCCCUGCCAGAUGAAGAUGCACGUUUCAGAGUUUGUCAACAAUUGUUUAACUGGAGUAAUUCUCAUAGCAGUGAAGUACAAACAGAUUCUGCUGAUGAUGCUAUGGAAAAUGAUGUAAAUACCUUAGACGAGAUGUUCGUACGACUAUCAAUUGUAUUUAGGAUAAUGGAAAGGAUUCCAAACUACAUGAAUGCAGAAGAAUAUUCUGAAAUGACUAAACAAUUAUUCUUAAUUGAUCAUAUCGUCUUGGUGUUCAUUAUCGCUGUAGGUCAAAAAUUCAAAGGUGCUAAAAAGAUCGCUAAUCGAUUAGGUUUUACACAUUCACUUCGUUGUUAUGCUGAUGGUGCUACGCCUAAAGUGAUUGCUUGUGUUCGUUCCUCAUUGUCUUGUCUACAAAAAUGGCUUAUUGGUGAAGUGAAAAAUGUCGCCUGUUUGGAUGCAGCUUCAGCUGGUGAAUCAACACUGUAUAUUCCAUCAGUUUUAAUCGGAUUACUGGACGUGUCUUCUUCCUCCUCUUCUACGUCCUCCUCCUCAUCAUCACAUUCAUCACCAAUUACUGAAAUCGAUCUACAAAGUGUUUUGGCUUCAUUUUUGGAUGCAGUCUGUGGUGAUGAAGCUUUCCUACGUCCACUUGGUUCAGCAUUGACUGAACGUAUUAUGCAUUCCUCAUCUUGGCGUACUCGAUUAGCUGGUAUUCGCCUGUUGAAAUUUGUUUUCAAUCAUUCAAGUGAUCAAGCAGCUGGUAAUAAUCAAGGCGUUGUAAUUGAUUCAAAACAUCCUGGUCCCGUCAACUGUAUUAUAUCAGAUUCUCUAUUAGCUUUAUCAGAAGCCUUAGAAGAUGAUCGACCGGAAGUGGAAGCUGAAGCCAACAAGCUAUUCGCUGAACUAGAACAAAUGGGUUUAACUGCUACAGAAACAAGAACUAAUUAACACCCGGUUAUCAUUUGAAAUGAAUUUGUACCAGAAAAAA